GAGGGGGCGCAUAAAGCUUUCCCGUAUAAAGGCCGGUGAUCCUCCAGGCCACGGCGUCACUUUGUUGAGAGCUCUGUGCGCAGGUACCCGCAGUCCCGGAAAGGUCCCGUCUUGUGCGACACGCUUAUCGGUUACACUGCUGCAUCGUCACGCGAAGACGUUCAAGAGGAAUAUGGGCCCCAUGGUGAAGCUGUUUCUUCUAGCCACUCUGGCAGUGGCGUAUGCGCAGCAGGACUACGACAACGCUCCACCGGAGCCGUACCAGUUCAAGUACGAUGUGCAGGACGAAGAAGGCAACACGCAGAUGCACGAGCAAUCCAGCGACGGUAAAACCGUUCGAGGCUCGUACGGCUACACGGACAAGGACGGACUGUUCCGCAUAGUAGAGUACAUCGCCGACGAAAACGGUUUCCGGGCUAUGAUCAAGACCAACGAACCCGGAACCAAGACCGGAGGCUCGGCUGACGCCCCCGUGGAGUCUUCAGCUCCUGAUCAAUAACUUGACGCGUUGACAAAAUGGCUUGCCGGAAUAUGUCGUAAAAGAUUACUGUAGAUACAGAAGGGAUUGCUAUGAAACAGAAAAAAAAGAAAGUAGGGUAGACUUUUCUGAAAGCCAGCCUUGCUAAAUGGUUACGCAGAAAGCGUUGCCAUGAAAACCCGCCGAGUUGAAUUCAUCACUGCCGCCUGCUUGACCUGUGUUAUCAUGGCUGCGUUUCCAUGAAGUUGUGGGUGAAGAGCGUUGCCGUGUGACUGAGGGGCUUCCCAGUACUCGAUGCUCCCGAUAUCGAUGUGUUGCCAUCCAGCUGAGGUGGCGAGGAUUCGGGUGAUGCCGAGUCCGUGUCUCAGUAGUAAAUGCUUGUGUAGGCUGGAAAGUUGGUCAUUGCAGUAACCUCACGGUACUGCGGUGUCUCAUCCGCUUACGGCAUAUUUUGUUAUCGACACAUAUUACACAGCCUAGAAGAAAUUGAAGGCUUUAGUGCCGCUUCACUCAGGUAUGGCAUUCGAUAACUGGAAUAUAUCUUUUCUUCAUAAAACGACACUGCGUUGUGACAGCUUUUUUUGGCGUCCGAAUGUGCACAGUUAUUCAUUUUCAGAAUAAAGCAGCUUUGAGUUGCCGCUUCAAACCUUUGUAGUUGUUUGAAAGCGCGUUCGCUGUGUCUUCUCACUGUAAAUGCGAGAGGCUGGCGUAAUAAUGGUGUGGUCAGCGCUUCUUAGUAUUCUUUUGCGCAGAGCUGUCACAUUAAAGUAACUUUUGAGACAGAGAUAUAAACACGCUACUCAAGUUGGCAGGUGCCAUUAAACUGCUAGUGCCUGACGUAUUGACACAUGUAUUGUUGAUUGUUCUUUCUCUGCUUGCAAGACUUUGGCGCUAAUUCUUAGCUGAUUAUAUUUUUGUCAUGUUUGUGUUACGCAACACACAAAAAAUGUGCGUGGUCGCCCACUAUGUCCUCUUCGGUUGUAGUAGUACUUUUCUUUCAUUAACCACGUUCGUUAACGGCAUUAUUCUGCUGCGACAUGUGACUAACCGGGCAAUAGUGCAAAACUUUUGAUGGCUUCUUGUGUGUGUUGUGUAUUGUCCCGUCCAAAGCGUGGGUGCUUUCGAGGGAAGUGUGUUUAUUUAUUACUGCUUCUGUGAUGUCAGUGUGAGUACACAUUGUCGCUUACACAUCUGUGAUGGGCGUGCAUUCAAUGCAUAUAAAAAAUGUUCCUUAUACUUUUUGCCUACGGUGUAGUUGCUUCAAACGUGGUAUGUGACAAGGGGUUCUUGCGGGCACGAAUUUCGACUCUUGGAUAUUUCUGAGUGGCAUUGUAUGUUAUGCAUGCAUUCGCUGUGGUAGUUUGCUUGCUGCGAUUAAAAAAAAGCCGAGCAUAGCCAAUUUUCUUGUUCCUACAUCGUUCCUGUAGAUGCCUUGGCCGAUACGAUGAACAUUGCUUUAUUUUCUUAUGCGGCUGUGUCCACUUUAUACAGGCAUCUUUUGGAUAAGUAGUGAUCUGUGCACUGACUUGUAGUACGCCUAAUAAAUCGUUUCUUUGUGGAGUAUUA